AAAGCUUAUGCGACGCGACAACCGGUUUUGCCUCCCCCCGUCUACCGCCCUCUCCGCGACGCGCAACCAUUUUGUUGCUUCACACCAAACACGAGCAGCUGUUACCCUUGAUCGAGUCCUUCUUCUGCUAGCCUAGCAGUGCACUAGUGCCUCCUGCGCUAUGGAAAUGGACGAGAUUCCCGAUGCCUACUAUACCUACGAUGGCCGGUUGGCCUCGUUCACAUCUGCGCGCCCAGCCGCGCGACGGCCGUCGAAUGCCAAAGGCAGGGCGCCGAAGGGCAUCGCUUGGCCACACAAGGAGCUGGAUCCAGACUACUUUGCUCGAGCCGGAUUCUUCUUCCAGCCCACUCCCGAAGCUCCGGACAACACCGUGUGCUUCCUCUGCUUCAAGUCGCUGGCAGGAUGGGAAGGAACCGAUAAUCCAUUUGAGGAGCACCUUCGCUUGUCUCCGCAUUGCGGUUGGGCGAUCGUGGCCGCUAUCGAGGUUGGGAUAGGAGAUUAUGGCUUGGAUGACCCUUGCGGCACCGAGAUGGUCGAGGCGCGAAAGGCCACCUUUGGAGGACGAUGGCCACAUGAAGGGAAGCGAGGCUGGAAAUGUAAGACGAAGCAGCUCGUAGAGGCGGGUUGGAAAUAUACACCGACCAGCGAGUCGGAGGACAUGGCAACUUGCACGUACUGCCAGCUGGCUCUUGACGGCUGGGAACCGAAGGAUAAUCCAAUGGACGAGCAUUUUAAGCGAUCUCCCGAUUGCCACUUCUUCUCCCUGUCCGAUCAACACUCGAAAGGACCGGGCAGGAAAAAGGGCAAAGGCAAGGGAGCUAGGGCCUCCCAAUCCUCCCGGAUGUCUGUUCAGUCCUUCGCUACGGCCUCGGAUAUGCCGUCAAUCCUAGAUCACACUGCCGACCACGAAGAUAGCAUCAUGACUGCUACAUCCGUCAUGACCCAGGGCGGUACCAAACGUUCCCGGGCGAAGAAGGGUACAGCCGCGAAGAGCAAGAGGACUAGGGUCAAGAGAGACGAAGCUAUUGAAGUUCUCGAAGAUCCACCCAUGGUUGAAGAAUUGGUUCCCCCGCUGCCACCAAAGCCCAGUCGCGGACGUAAGCGAACAAGUGACGAAGUCGAUGACUCAGCAUUGACGGUGUCAGAAGCACCAGUAGCCAAGAGGAAGAAGGCUGCGCGUGCCCGGCAACAGAGUGUUUCUGUUGUCGAACAACCAGACGAUGAGGUGCGUGACGAAAGCAUCCUAGCGCCAAAGACGAAGGGCAAAAAGGGCCGACCGGCCACUGCGCGCAAUAAGAGAAAGGUUUCGACGGCGUCAACGGCAUCGGUGGCAACAUUUAACGAAGACGACAUGCAUAUGAUGGACGAUAUAGAGCUUGACCGACAGCUGCAAGCGGACUUUGACCGACCCUUGUCGGACGACGAGGCUAUCGCUGCCGACUCGGACUCGGACCGUAAGAGGGCUCCGAGCAAGGGCAAGGGCAAGAAGACCGCCACUAAGCAGGAGACUGUAUCGAAGCAGGAAGAGCGGCGCAGCGAUCAUGCCAUGUUCGACCCUACGCCUCCGAAGAUUGACGAGACUGUGAUCGAUGCCGAGCUUACAGCACUCGAGGCCAGGAUGGAGGUUGAACGGGAAGAGUCGCUCCAUGUUCCUAAGAAGGGUCGCAAAGCCGGUACUAGAAAGGCCUCUAAGCAAACGGCCAAGAAAGUCAAGGAGCAGGCGCCGGUAGAACCCGAGCCGGAGCCCCAAGCCGAUGUCGAGGCGGCAGCUGUCGAUGAGCUAGCUGAGGGUCACGAUAUGAGCAUUGUCAGCAACGGGACAAUUGUUCGGACUAGCAUGUCAUCCAAUGCCGCACCUAAGAAGCGCGGCAGGCCCAGUAAGAAGACAGCUAUACCAUCUUCAGAUGUGAAGCCUGAUGAGCUUGGUGAGACGGAGGUCAGGGAUGAGACUUCGUCCAAAAUUGAGCGCAUAGACUUUGCCAAGCCCGCGGAGGAACCAACCGUGACGGAAGAACACAGGGACCCCACUCCCGAGGCCGAGGCCGAGGCCACUGUUAUAUCCUCUCCCUCGAGGGAUAAGUCGCUGCCUCCGCUUCCGAUCGAAACGGACGAACUCGAGCCUCCGACAACACCCUUAACCUCGACGUCUCCGGGGGCCGCCAUGAAGCGAGCAACGAUGUCGCCGUCGCAGUCGCCGCAAUCGUCCAACGCGGAGAACGAGCCGCCGUCGUCGCGGCCACCAAGCACGGCAAAUAGCAGGCGGACCGCGCCGGGCCCGGCCGCGUCCGCCAUCGCCGUCACGCCGGUGCGCGUGUCGCCGUCGAAGCAUAACGUGCUCGCGGAUCUGCAGAGCAGCGAGCCGUGGGCGGCGGUGGACGUGGAGGCGAUCUUCGACGAGUUCGACCAGGAGAACGGGCUCGGCUCGGCCAAGGCGCUGGUCGGCGGGGACGACCUGACCAGCCCCGAGCGGCGGAUGACGGUCGAGGAGUGGAUCUACCACAACGCGGAGCAGGCCGGGCACAAGCUCCGGCGCGAGUGCGAGGCCAUGGUGACGGCCUUCGAGCGGGAGGGCACGCGCGCGAUGCGCACCCUCGAGGGCUUGGCCGUUGAGUAAAACGGGAGUCGAGGUAGCCGUCGUCUGGUCUGCGCAGCCGCUUAGCAGGCCAGACUACGAUUAUCCAUCGAUUAGUCUAGGAUAGCCCGAUAGCCCCUGUUUGUAAGAGUUAGUUUUUGAGUCGUACCGCGUCAAGGAACUAGCCUAGUCUAGGACUAAUGUUUACGAUAUGUCAUGGCGGUGCUGGCGUUGGGGGAAAGGGG